AAUAAUAAGCAUUGAUGGGCAAUCGAUCCGUUACCGUUGCCAAGUUUUGAUCCAAGCGGGGGUCUGUAGAAUGUGACGUGCUCUAUCGGUUAUUUUCGGUGGAUGGCGAUUACGUAGCGUAAAAUCGGUGCAGGUGUAAAAUCAGAAGCAAACUGGCAGGUGCAGAAAAAGUCCAGCUGCAUCAACGAGCACACGAGCGGGCCAGGCCGCCGUUUACAAUGUUCCGACUGCGGGUUAAAAUAUUCUACAUUUAUAUCAUCAUUUCGUUUAUGCUUUCCGCCUAUCUGUUUUAUCUGAUCUCGAAAUAUUCGGUGGAAAAGUUCAUCAACUACCAGCGACACGUGAAAAGCAGUAAGUUUCAUGAGCGUCCCCGAAUACCGCAGAUUGUGGGCCACUACGUAGGAGCCGGAGGAGCAGUGGGAAAUGUUUCCAAAGAUUUCUUGAAUACAAACAACUUUGCACCCAUUCCCGGUGUGGGUGAGAACGGCGACCCGGUUGUGAUACAGGCGAAGGAUCUUCUAAAAAUGCAGCAACUGUUCCAGUUGAAUCGCUAUAAUCUACUGGCCAGUGAUCGGAUUGCUUUCAAUCGAUCGCUACCGGAUGUGCGAAAACCUAAAUGCUUAGCCAAGGAGUAUCCUUCUUCGCUGCCAACGACGUCAAUUAUUAUCGUCUUCCAUAACGAAGCCUGGUCGGUGCUGUUGCGGACGGUGUGGAGUGUAAUUAUACGAUCACCCAAACAUCUGAUCAAGGAGAUUCUUCUGGUGGAUGAUGCUAGCGAUCGAGCCUUUUUAAAAACACCUUUGGAGAACUACGUACAAACACUUCCGGUGGUGGUUAGUGUGCUAAGGCUCAACAAACGAGAAGGUCUGGUUGCGGCGCGUUUGAUGGGAGCUCGUGUUGCUACCGGGGACACCUUGACAUUCCUGGAUGCCCACUGCGAGUGUUCACCUGGCUGGCUGGAGCCCCUGUUGGCACGGGUUCGCGAAAAUCCGCGAAAAGUCGUCUGCCCGGUGAUUGAUAUCAUUUCCGAUGAUAACUUUUCCUACAUUAAGAGUUUUGAGUUCCACUGGGGUGCGUUCAAUUGGCAGAUGCACUUUCGUUGGUACACACUGAGUGAGGAAGAGCUGGCGGAACGGCGAAAGGAUACGACGCUGCCGUUCCGGACGCCGGCCAUGGCCGGUGGAUUGUUUACGAUUGAUCGAAAGUUUUUCUUCGACAUUGGAGCCUACGACGAACGGUUGAAGAUCUGGGGAGGCGACAACCUGGAGAUGUCGUUUCGGGUCUGGCAGUGCGGCGGUGAGGUGGAAAUAGCACCCUGCUCGCACGUUGGGCAUUUGUUCCGAAAGAGUUCACCGUACACGUUCCCGGGGGGCGUCAGUGGGAUUCUUAAUGAAAAUCUUGCCCGGGUGGCUCUGGUUUGGAUGGAGGACUGGUCAAAGUUCUUUUUCAAGUUUAACAAGGGUACGGAAGAGUUUAAAAGUCUGAAUGUCUCAAACCGAAUUGCAUUGAAGAAGCAAUUGAAUUGCAAAUCCUUUGAUUGGUAUUUGCGUAAGAUUUGGCCUCAGAAUUUCUUUCCAGCGCCGAACAAAUUUUUCGGUCGCAUUCAGCCCAUCGAUCUCAGCACUUUUGAUUAUCAGGAGUACAUCACUUUGAUGAAAAAGAUCAAUCUGAUCGUAAAAAAUCUCAAUCCGGAGCUAAAGUGGAAGUUUCUGAUAAAGUAUCUUUCGGAAAAUGUAAAGAAAAUUGCCGAAUCGAUGAAAAUUGCCAAGCACAGUUCUUACUGUUUGCAAAAGCCAAAAUCAAACUCGCUCAUCAAUCAACCGUACGGACAGUCGUUUCUGAAGAAAUGUUCGCUCUUGAUCAACAUCCUCGACGAAGAAUUCGUGAUAGAUGACUACGGCCGAAUCAUGACCGAUGAGGGCGUCUGUUUGGAUUCGUUCCGAAAGACCUCCGUGGACGGAGGUCAGCUGAUAGAGAGUGCCAAAGGGAUCAAAAUGGUAACCUGCGGAAGCAAUAAGCCCAACCAACGGUGGAUUUACGAAACCGAUACCUACCACGUGAGAAACAUGAACGGAGACGAUUGCCUCGAGCGAGGCAUGACGCUGAUCAAGGACGACAGCGACGACAAGUACGAAGUGUUCCUCAAUCCGUGCGAUGUGCGAAAUGAGCUGCAGAAGUGGAUGCUAUUUCCAGUGGCCUGGAAGUGAAGCUGACUUUUUCCCAUCUCCUAACUCAACAAAUACUCUAAUGCACUAGUUAACAGCCAGCAGAGCACUUCAAUUGUAAAGAUAGACAAGCAAAAUGAACAGUAUUUUAGAAUCAUUUCAUCGGGAGGUACUAUUAGGUUCAAUUUUUCCCCUGCGGGAAAAAAGACUAUUAAAAUACAAAUGCAUGAAACUACAUGCCAAACAUUCCAGACGUAUUGCUCAAUGGCAGAAGUAUGCACAAGUGAAACUAAUUUUGUGAAACAAAUACUUUAAGAUUAGGUUCGAAAAGCUUUUGCUAACAAUUUUACCACUUAUCCGAUCAUACUGGUACUGACGUAUGUACUUAUUUUGUCCGUUAAGAUUAAGUUUGAAUCUGUGAUAUUACCGUCAUUCGAG